GUGUAACGGAUCUUUUCGAUACCCAUGGGGAAAGUUUAGCAGGUACCACGGUGUGUACACGCGUGAAUAUCGUGAAAUGACUUGUGAUCGCACGUGAACAUCGUAAAAUGGUGUGUGAGCACGCGUGAGAAAUAUAUUCCACUUGUGACAACGGGUGAACUGGUCACGAAAACGAUUCACGUCAUAUUUUUUGCACGUGAUCACAGGUGGAAGUCGUGAAGUGUGUAGUGGCCACACGUGAAUUUCUCACGUUAAAAUUCGCGUAAAAGAAUAUCACUUGCGGACAAGCGUGAAAAUGUUUCCCACUAAUUUCAUUGUGGAAAAUAUCUUCACAUUUAUUCGCACGUCAGUUUUUCACGCAACCCAUUUCAUAAAUAAUAUUCACGCUUAACCCCAAGCGACAAAAUCCUUACGUUUCACGUGCGUCCACGUGAGAAACCUUUUACAGAUGCGAAAUGUCGUGAAGAUUGAGCGACAAGCAUAAAUACAAAUUUCUCCUAUAUCUUCCGAAAGUUAUACAUACAUACAGAUGAAAACCUUUGCUGUAGACCGAAGGUAUUUGCUGUAGAAAUAUGCCUGGGAAUCAUCUUGUUCCCCGGGAGGAAGUAUUAACUGAAGAAGUUUGGAAAAGUUGGAAACUAAGAAAAAAGAUUUAGGAAGUUCACGAGUAAUCACGCGUGGGAACUUUUUUACAUGUGGUAACUCGUGAGGAUUGAUUCGACAACUAUGAAUAUGAGAUUUAUUCAGUAGUUUCUCAGGCAAGUUAGCUCAAUAGUAGUAUCGUAGAUUUCUAAUUUAAAGUACCUUCGACUGGUUCGACUCUUACUUUGCGGUGAUAUAUAUAAAAUGUGAUAUGUUAGAAACUAGUGGUCACACGUGGAAAAAGUUAUAUAUGAAGUUGCAUUGAUGAAGUCUGCAUUAUACUUUAACCAUGGUGACCAUGGAUAGUCAGUUGACUAUAGAUGGUCGCCAUGGUCAAGAUUUUUUCACACGUAAUCAUGCGUGAAGAUUAUUCACUUGUGUACACGUGUGAAGAUUUUUCACGCGUAGCCACGCGUGUGAUGUUGCAACAACACGGCCAAACUGUCGUGAAACUUGCUAUCUUUACCUACAAAAUUUCGUGAAAGUCCAAGCUGACAUUUCACGGUCCCUCACGCGUGAAAAGUCGAUAAAAUUAACAAUCCCGAUAGAUGAUUUCUGAAUAAAAGACGACUAUAAGGUUUUAACCACAGAACGGGAUAUAUGUAGAUUUGUAGAGGAAGAUUUCUUGUAAUCUAGUGGUGAAUAUAUUAUCAAAUUCUGUUGCGUUUCGUGAGAGAAAAUUAAAGGUAAUUCCUCUUUUUUUCGACCUUUUUACAAAUAUUUUUUAUUUUUGAGUUAAAUAUUGUGCAUUCUAGAGUAAAGUGUCCUCUACAAAAUAAGACCACUCCCAGCUCUCCAAGGUCUUCCGUUGAGGAGAUACGAAUUUUUUUAAAGUUUAUUACUUUACUCUGAAAAAACCCUGGUUUUUUACUUUCAAAACUUUUUCUCUUUCAUUCAGUACUUGACAAACUUUUGAAACAGUCACUCUUGUAGAGUAAAGGUUUCUCUACAAAAUAAGAUGUAUCCCUGCUCUUCAUCGUGUUUUCUGGUAGAGUUAUGAUCAUUUUGCUGGAAGUCUUUGAAUAAAGCAAUAAACAGAAACCUCUAAUUUUAGUCAUUAACAACAUAAACACACUUCUCCGUCAACAGAUGUUGCAAAUAUUAGCAAAAAACAAACACGAACAAAUAUAUUUUCCACUUCAAUUGAUUAUAUUAGUCAUCAUCGUUCGUAGCACUAUAAAACGUGACUGGUUACUAUCUGCCUUCACAACAACGACAACAGCCACGUAUCCUACAUCGUGAUAGACCUGUUCCAGUCAUCUAUGAUUUGAGACUAAUAUUACCCACUAGUCAAAGGUUAACCGGUAGUUAUUUAAUUGAUUAUUCUCCUACAGAUCAAAUGUGUACAUGGAAUCAACAACUAAUAACAUUUACGGGUAAACCAGAUCUGACACAAUGUUGGAAAUUAUUAUCAUUUCUAUUAGGUGUCGAUGAACAAAAAUUACCUACAACAGAAUGGUAUUCAUCACCUAUUGCAAGGGGUCUAAUUGAGCAUACGGUUGAAUUUUAUCGCUCCGAAGGUGAUAUACAAUCAUUAGCAAUAUUUUUAAUGAAAAUUUUUAAAACACCUUAUAUGAAUUCACCAUCGUCUAAGUAUGAUUGUUUAUUAUACGGAUAUUCAUCUAUAUGA